UGUUGUUAGAACACGACCGAAGAUAGUUUGGCAUGUAGCAGACAUUUUUCCAUACUACACUCGUAUCCCGAGUUAUACUUGAAGACAAAAACUACCCGGAAUCAUUUAAUGCGACACAGGGGGAUUAAUGGCUGCAGUCAAUGUACUGAUCUCCUCUCAUUGUUUACAUUUCGAAACGGUGUGUUCACGGCGUUUGCGAGACUGUCAUUGAGACAGGGUAAAAUCUAACCCCGCGGUGAAGCGAAAUAUCGCGAAACUAAUGUGAAUAAAUUCUCCCCGGAUCAGAUUUAAUCCAACAAGCAGCGAACUAGCCCUAUGUGCUAACCUACCCAGCUCCAUAUUUACUGUAUCGCUCCAGAGAUGGCAAGUUAGCCUUCUUUUUUUGUUUAUAUAUAUAUAUUUGGCUUUUCGCCUGCGUGGAUCUCAAGGACAACCAAAUGACUGAAGAGCUAUAGCGGCAGGUGAGCCCAAAGGCCAGACAAAAUCCUCCUUUAACUUCACUUUCGCAGGGUGCACCAUGUUUAGUGUACCUCAAAGCUCCAAGUCCGAGUUCCUGGACAAAGCCAGGCAGGCUAGAGAGGAGAGGAAGGGUCAGAAGGAGAAGGAAAGAGCAGCAAUCAUCAUUCAAGCCCUGGUCAGGAGAUUUAUCUGUCGCUGCAGACUCCAGAAGCAAAUAAGGAAAGAGAUUGAUGACUAUUUUCAAGCUUCUGAAACUGGGACAUCAAAAAGAAAUGCACUUUCAAUCUUCAAAAUUGCUCGCAAAUUGCUAUUCAUAUAUUGCCAAGAAGAUAAGAUGAGGUUUGAAAAACUCUGUCGUGCUAUCCUGGCCAGUAUGGAGGUUGAAAAUGAACCUAAGGUCUGGUAUGUUUCCUUGGCUCUCUCCAAAGACCUCACUAUUCCCUGGCUCAAACAGAUAAAAGAUGUGCUUUGGAUUUGCUGUCAGCUACUGAAAAAUUUAAAGCCCGACAUACUUCAGGACAACAAACUGGUGACACUGUAUCUCACCAUGCUGGUAACCUUCACGGACACUUCAACCUGGCGGAUAGUCAGAGGAAAGGGUGAGGCACUCAGACCUGCUUUGACAAGGAUUUGUGAAAAUAUUAUGGGCCAUCUCAAUCAAAAGGGAUUCUAUUCAACACUGCAGAUCUUGCUGACCAAUGGCUUGGCUCGUUCUAAACCGUCUCUGUCCAAAGGCACUCUGACAGCCAUUUUCACCUUGUCAUUAAGGCCCGUCAUUGCUGCUCACUUCUCGGAGAACCUGCUAAGAUCAUUCCUCAUUCACAUCAUGUCAGUUCCAGCCAUCAUAUCCCACCUCAGUGUCCUUACUCCAGAGUGCAUGACAACCAUCCAGACGCAUGACCUGCUGCGGAAAUUCAUUUUGUUUCUCAGUCGGGAAGAACAGUGUUCGGACAUCUGUGUUUGCCUUGAGGGCAGCCACACACUGUGCCUACUAGGAAACCUGAUUCACUUAGGCUACCUUAAUGAGAAAGUGCUUGAAGAGGAGGCCAACCACUUUGUGAAGGACCUGACUGACAUGCUGUCCUACUGCCAGAGAUAUGUAUCCCAAAAGAAGUCCAACCUAACCCACUGGCAUCCGGUGCUGGGUUGGUUCUCUCAAACUGUGGACUAUGGUCUUAAUGAGUCAAUGCCCCUGGUAACUAGACAGCUUCAGCACCUGUGGGGUGUACCUGUUAUCAGAACUCUUUUCAGUGAUGUCCUCUCUAAAAAGCUGGAGAGUCAGGAGCCUGCUCCCCCCCCACCACAACCUAGCACAUCACAAAAUAAUCUACCAGUCAAAAACCUCUUCAAGCGAGCAUUUCAGAAGUCCGCCUCUGUGCGUAACAUCCUGAAACCAGUUGGAGGAAAGCGAGUUGACUCAGCUGAAGUUCAGAAGGUGUGCAGCAUCUGUGUGCUCUACCAGACCGCUCUGUCUACACUGACGCAAAUACGCCUCCAGAUACUCACUGGUCUUACACAUCUUGAUGACCUUUUGCCCAAACUUUGGGCCUUCAUCUGUGAGCUUGGUCCUCAGGGAGGCCUCAAACUCUUCAUGGAGUGUCUGAACAAUGACACCGAAGAGUCAAAGCAGCUCCUGGCUAUGCUCAUGCUCUUCUGUGACUGCUCGCGCCACCUUAUCACAAUUUUGGAUGACAUUGAAGUAUAUGAAGAGCAAACAUCCUUCAAGAUAGAGGAACUCAUCACCAUCUCCUCUUUUCUAAACACAUUUGUAUACAAGAUGAUAUGGGAUGGCAUCUUAGAAAAUGCAAAAGGAGAGAAACUGGAGUUGUUCCACAGUGUUCAUGGCUGGCUGAUGGUGCUUUAUGAACGGGACUGCAGGCGAAGGUUCACCCCUGACGACCACUGGCUACGCAAGGAUCUGAAGCCUAGCUUGUUGUUCCAAGAGUUGGAGAAAGGCAAGAAAAGAGCCCAACUAUUACUGCAGUACAUUCCACAUGUUAUUCCACAUAAAAACAGGGUGCUGCUGUUCAGGAACAUUGUUACAAAGGAGAAAGAAAGCUUGGGGCUGGUGGAAACGAGCUCGGCUUCACCCCAUGUCACGCAUAUUACAAUUCGUCGCUCGCGGAUGUUAGAGGAUGGAUAUGACCAACUGCGCCGGUUACCAGUGAAUUCUAUAAAAGGUGUCAUUCGGGUGAAGUUUGUGAACGACCUGGGUGUGGAUGAGGCUGGAAUCGACCAGGAUGGUGUCUUCAAGGAGUUUUUAGAGGAGAUCAUUAAGAAAGUUUUCAAUCCUGCUCUCAACCUCUUCAAGACCACAAGCGGAAAUGAGAGGCUAUAUCCUUCACCCACGUCUUACAUCCACGAGAACCACUUGCAGCUCUUUGAGUUUGUGGGGAAGAUGCUCGGGAAAGCUGUAUAUGAGGGCAUUGUUGUGGACGUCCCUUUUGCCUCCUUCUUCCUCAGCCAAGUCUUGGGUCACCACCACAGCACUUUCUACAGCUCCAUUGAUGAGCUUCCCUCACUGGAUUCAGAGUUUUAUAAGAACCUCACCUCCAUCAAGCGCUAUGAUGGAGAUGUAGGGGAUCUAGGGCUGACUUUAUCCUAUGAUGAGGAUGUUAUGGGGCAGCUUGUCUGUCAUGAGUUGAUACCUGGGGGGAAAACCAUGCCAGUUACCAAUGAAAACAAAAUCAGCUACAUCCACCUCAUGGCUCACUUCCGGAUGCACACGCAGAUUAAGGAGCAGACGGCUGCUUUUAUCCGAGGCUUCCGCAGCAUCAUUAAUCCAGAGUGGUUGCACAUGUUUUCCACCCCCGAGGUUCAACGUCUUAUCUCAGGAGAUAAUGCUGAGAUUGAUCUAGAUGACCUAAAGAAACACACGGUCUACUAUGGAGGUUUUCACAGCAGCCAUCGUGUCAUCAUCUGGCUGUGGGACAUCCUGUCAAGCGACUUUAAUGCUGAGGAGAGGGCGAUGUUCCUUAAAUUCGUUACCAGCUGCUCAAGGCCACCUCUUCUAGGUUUUGCCUACCUCAAACCGCCUUUCUCCAUCCGCUGUGUGGAAGUUUCAGAUGAUCAGGACACUGGAGACACCCUCGGCAGUGUCCUCCGGGGCUUCUUUACUAUCCGGAAGAAGGAACCAGGUGGGCGACUUCCAACUUCAUCUACAUGCUUCAACCUGCUCAAGCUGCCCAACUACAGCAAGAAAAGCAUCCUACGUGACAAGCUGCGCUACGCUAUCAGUAUGAACACAGGCUUUGAGCUCUCCUAACUCUGUUGCAUCAGGACAGUCUGCACAGGAGGGCUGCAUUAUACAGUCUGGUACCAAGCGAGAGACUCAGCUUACCUGUGUUGGAGCCUUUAUUAUCAAAGGGGCAUCACCUAAACAAAACAGGACUCACCAAGGACCCUUCGCUCCAUUUUGUCUCUUUUAUAAUCUGCAUAAACUCUGAGGGAGUGAGCUCUAGUUAUGCUAACUCUCCCAUCAAAAGGGGAUGCUGUUUCUGCAGAACAAUCCAAUUUCUAACAUCUUCCUCUCUUUUUACCCCUCCAGAAAUACAGUUUCUCAGGCUUAACAGAAUAAUGAGUCUAACACUCCCACUUCAAGCGAACUGGAAAGCAAUACAGAAGCAAUGCAAGCCAUCACACACAUUGUCAACUCACUUGAGUAAAACUAAGCGAUGCAUUGUUAAUAUACUUGCAAGCUUGGAUUCUAUUAUCCAGGCAACAUACAGCUGAUAUUGGAUGAGUCUUAAAAUGUCUUUGCUGAACAUUAUGCUUCUUGUAUAAGCAGAAGACAAAUCAAUGUUUUGUGUGCAGUCUCCUCGAAGGAGGGGUGGCUCAUAAUGCCGAUCCUGUGUCCAUUACAGUAUGUCCCAUUUUUAAGCCUCUGUCCUUUUCUCCCCACUAAAAGACACCUGAGAGCCUGCCUCAGUUCCAGUGAAGCAGCAAAUAAUUCCUUAAGAAGUCUGAUCUUGCUGUUUGAUUAUAAAAAAAAAAAAAAAGAAAGAAAAGAAAGAAAGAUGUCCUUGCUGUAGCAUCUGUUACUUUUGUCCCAAAGAACUGGAAAUGUUUUGUCAGCAUUUGUGUUUGCAGCUGUUCCAUGUUGCACAUCUGGGCUUGACUUCCACCUUAAAAACAUGAAGAACAAAGUAAACCAAUCAUCUUAUUCUAUGUACUUAAUACUAGGAAGAAAAAAAAAAUUCUCACUACUCCUUGGAUUAACGCUGAGUGCCUCAUGAAUCAUCAUCACCGGUUGCUCACACGUUUGACUGUGUUUCAAUUGUAACCAAUAACCACGAUUUGGAAACAAGCCAUAGAAAUGUGGGGGCUAUGGUCCUGGACGUAUUCUCUGCUUAUAGGAACAACAAAGAGUGGAAACACUGUAAUACCACAACAACCGCGGAGGGUUUUACUACAACGCUCUCUGAUCUGUGGACUUUUGAAGCCAUGCGGAAAAGAUUUUGAGGUGUGAAAACCUUAUUACAUGAUGUCACGGACUGGUUCGUCAACCAAAUGCGACUGCUUGACUCAAUGUUCCCUCGGAAACGUUGCACAUGAGGGUGACUCUUACUUUAUAAGCUUAAAAAUUACUUUACACAGGGUUCAUUUACAGCUGAAAGUUCAGGCAGAGACUUUUUGGUUAUUUUCCAGAAAAAGGACUGCAUCAUUAAAAGGAUUAGAAGAAGAAAAAAAUCUAAUCUUAACCAAGUUCUUUAAUAUGCAAAAAAAAAAAAAAAAUGUUUUGUCAUGAGAGUAUGGAUAAUUUUGUUAGUAAGUAACCGUAUUUCUAAGAAGUUACAUGAUGGCCACUAACUCGUGAAAACAAGUGAUUUAUGAAUGCAGAAAAUGCAACUAUUACAUAUAUACAAAUAGGACUGGCUGCAAUGCAUUUAUCAAGUCUACUAAUGACAUUAGACUCAAAUCUGACAAAUCAAUUAGGAGGAUCUUCCUGCAGCAUUUCUCCUCUUAAAGUAUUCGAGCAACAACUGAAAGCACUGCAAAUGGAUUUAUAUGACACACUACAACUGCUUACGAGUGUUUGUGUGUGUGUAGUAGUGUGCAAGAGUGGUGAAAGAUACCUCACAUGCUUGUCUGUCUCCUGAUGACGUCGCUCAUCUCUUUAAAUGAUGUCAAGAGAAGACUUUGUGUGUACCAGUGAUUGCUGAUGCUGACUCUUUUAGUACAACAAAUAAAUAAAUAAAAAUAAAUGAUCCUGGACAUGCUCCUGACCGCCCUUUCUAAGUUUUUUCUUUCUCUUUUUAAAAGUGUCUCUGAAUCUAGCUGCACUACAGUAUGGAAUAUUAUUGUUUGUUUGUUUUUUUAAAAAUCAUGUAAGAUUUUGUCCAUUUGUAUGAUACCUUCUCCUGUAAUAUUAAAUCAUGUACACGUGUUCUAUAAAUGAUUUACUUUAA